AUGACAUCACAACUUGCCUUUUAUUGUUUCCUCGUCUCGAAAAUUUUACAGGGAAAAUUUUCGUUUCACUUCAUUUACUUCCUCUUCCUAUAAUCCAAAUAGUCAAGCGGCUGUGAGUGGUAUCGUCCAAGGGGAGUGUAAAAUAUUGUUCGGUCUGGGAGUCUGCGUAGUGAAUGGCUAGCAGGAGCUGGCGCAUGCGCAUCCUGUAAGACACUGCAAGAUGGCUGCCAGCCACUUUGUCGCGCGUCGGGCUCUCGAGGACUUAGCAGCGGCGGCGGAGGCAGCGGCUGCAGCCGCCAGAGAGUAACAGUGUCCGUUGAGCGGUGGGAGUUUCCUGGCCCUGUUGUGUGAGCUGCACAGCCUCAAGAGAAAGCCCUCGCUAGGAAGCAAAAGGCGGGGCGGAGCGGUGAAGCCCCUCCCCCAACCUCUCCUUAGUUUGACCAACUCCCUCACCCUUCCCUCCCCGUUUUUCUUCCUUACCCGCUACACUCUGGUCUACUGCGCAGGCGCACAAAUAAUCAAAGCGCCUCCUUGGCCCUUCGGGCUUGCGGGCUCCUGCGCGCGCUUCUCAUUCUUCUCCCCUGAUUGGCCGGAUCGCCCCGCCAUCACGCCUCUCUCUGCUUUCUAGGUUGAGAAGGAAGCAAGGGGGGGGCGGGGCCACGCAGCGCGUGCGCGAUGCUGUUGCCGUCCCUUUGCUGCUGUUGCGUUGCAAAAAAAAUCCUGACUAGGUAGCUUUGGGCCUUCUCUGUACUAGAGGAUCUAAAGGCGAGAGAAAGAUUUCUGCAACUGAAGGGGCAGUCGGGUAGUAUUACAUUUAAGAUAUUAACGCCCGCCCUUACAGGAGUAAGUGGGAAUAGGAGUGGGGAAGGGCCUUAGCGUUGAGAGCCGAAGAAUAUAAAACCAUUAGUUUCGCGGCCAGGCAUUUUGAGAGGCUUUGCAGGACCUGUUUUUUGCGUCUUUCUGCUGUGAUUACUGACUGGUUUAAACACGACCCCUUAGAACAAUUCUGAUAAACGUUCGAAACGCGCAGCCCCUCCUUGCAGCGUGUAGGAGCCGCCGGCGUGCCCAGCUGCUGGCCGUCCAGUCCUCCCUCCAGAAGAGCCGAGCGCGUGCACCACCCCACCCCCUGGCCUCCCUCCCCACCUACGGCUUUCACGCACUCGCAGUGAUUGUUUUGCCCGCUCCCGCCGCCGCCGCCGCGGCCGCCAGAGGAGCAGCAGCGCUUGUGCAAACCGGGAAGAUGGCGGCUGGCGGCGGCGGAGGCAGCACUAAGGCCUCCUCCUCGUCGGCGUCUUCGGCAGGGGCUCUGGAGUCCUCGUUGGAUCGAAAAUUCCAGUCGGUAACUAACACCAUGGAAUCUAUUCAAGGCUUGUCGUCUUGGUGUAUAGAGAACAAGAAACACCACACUACCAUCGUCUACCAUUGGAUGAAGUGGCUCCGGAGAUCUGCCUAUCCCCACCGUUUGAAUCUCUUUUACCUUGCCAACGAUGUCAUACAGAACUGCAAAAGGAAAAAUGCCAUCGUAUUUCGUGAAUCGUUUGCUGAUGUGCUUCCUGAAGCAGCUGCUCUAGUGAAGGAUCCAUCUGUCUCUAAGUCUAUAGAACGAAUCUUUAAAAUCUGGGAAGAUAGAAAUGUAUACCCAGAAGAAAUGAUUAUGGCAUUAAGAGAAGCUUUGAGUACCACUUUCAAAACUCAGAAGCAGCUGAAAGAAAAUCUGAACAAACAACCGAAUAAGCAGUGGAAGAAAUCACAAACAUCCACGAAUCCAAAAGCUGCUCUCAAGUCUAAGAUAGUUGCUGAAUUUCGAUCUCAGGCCCUCAUUGAAGAGCUGUUGCUGUACAAGCGCUCAGAAGAUCAAAUAGAAUUGAAGGAAAAACAGCUGUCAACAAUGAGGGUAGAUGUGUGUAGCACAGAAACCCUCAAAUGCUUAAAAGAUAAGACAGGUGGGAAGAAGUUCUCCAAAGAAUUUGAAGAAGCAAGCUCCAAGCUGGAGGAAUUUGUGAAUGGAUUAGAUAAGCAGGUGAAAAAUGGACCCUCACUAACAGAAGCACUGGAAAAUGCGGGAAUUUUUUACGAAGCACAGUACAAAGAAGUAAAAGUGGUGGCCAAUGCAUACAAAACCUUCGCUAAUCGAGUGAACAAUUUAAAGAAAAAGCUGGAUCAGUUGAAGUCAACUCUUCCAGAUCCUGAAGAAUCACCAGUCCCUUCGCCAAGCAUGGAUGCUCCCUCCCCGACUGGUUCUGAGUCUCCUUUUCAGGGAAUGGGAGGUGAGGAAUCCCAGUCACCAACUGUGGAGAGUGAGAAAUCUGCAACACCUGAGCCUGCAACAGAUAAUCGUGAUGUGGAAGACAUGGAACUCUCAGAUGUGGAAGAUGAUGGGUCAAAAAUCAUUGUAGAGGACAGGAAGGAAAAACCUAUGGAGAAGUCUGCUGUAUCCACUUCUGUACCUACAAAGCCAACAGAAAGUAUCUCAAAGGCCUCUUCGUGUACCCCAGUGCCUGUGACCAUGACAGCAACUCCACCUCUUCCAAAGCCUGUGAAUACUUCUCUUCUUUCCCCUUCCCCAGCAUUGGCUUUGCCAAACCUGGCUAACGUGGAUCUGGCAAAGAUCAGUUCCAUCCUCAGCAGCCUGACAUCAGUCAUGAAAAAUACUGGGGUCAGUCCUGCAUCAAGACCUUCUCCAGGAACUCCUACAAGUCCCAGCAACCUCACCAGUGGCCUGAAAACACCCGCACCUGCCACGACCACAUCUCACAACCCUCUGGCAAACAUCCUCUCGAAGGUGGAGAUCACCCCAGAGAGCAUUCUGUCUGCUCUUUCCAAAACCCAGACGCAGUCGGCCCCUGCACUGCAAGGCCUGUCAUCUUUACUUCAGAGCGUUACUGGGAACCCAGUUCCAGCCUGUGAAGCUACAUCCCAGAUUACUUCAGCUUCCCCUGCCAGUACCACAGUCUCUAGCAUAAAAGGAAGAAAUCUGCCCUCCAAUACCCAAUCCUUUAUUCCCAAAAGCUUCAACUAUUCUCCUAAUUCAUCAACUUCUGAAGUGUCUUCAACUUCAGCCAGCAAGGCCUCAAUUGGGCAAAGCCCAGGGCUCCCAAGCACUACUUUCAAGCUCCCGUCCAACUCUCUGGGGUUUUCAGGUACUCACAAUACUAGCCCUGCUGCCCCACCUACUGAAGUUGCCAUGUGCCAAUCUUCAGAGAUCUCCAAACCAAAGCUGGAGUCCGAGUCCACCUCCCCAAGCCUGGAAAUGAAGAUCCACAACUUCUUAAAAGGUAAUCCUGGUUUCAGUGGCUUAAAUUUAAACAUCCCAAUCUUGAGCAGUUUGGGGUCCAGUGCCCCAGCAGAAAACCAUCCCUCAGACUUCCAGCGUGGCCCUACUAGCACAUCAGUCGACAACAUUGAUGGAACCCCUGUGCGUGAUGAACGGAGUGGGACACCCACCCAGGAUGAGAUGAUGGACAAGCCCACAUCCAGCAGUGUAGAUACCAUGUCCCUGCUUUCUAAGAUUAUUAGCCCUGGUUCCUCAACACCCAGCAGUACAAGAUCACCACCCCCUGGGAGAGAGGAAAGCUACCCCCGGGAGCUCUCCAGUUCUGCAUCUACAUAUCGACCCUUUGGCCUGGGGAGUGAAUCACCCUAUAAGCAGCCUUCUGAUGGAAUGGAGAGACCAUCUUCCCUGAUGGACUCUUCACAGGAAAAGUUCUAUCCAGAUACUUCUUUCCAGGAAGAUGAGGAUUACCGAGAUUUUGAGUAUUCAGGGCCUCCACCCUCUGCCAUGAUGAACCUAGAGAAGAAACCAGCCAAGUCUAUCCUGAAAUCAAGCAAGCUUUCUGAUACCACCGAGUACCAGCCAAUCCUGUCCAGUUAUAGCCACAGGGCCCAAGAAUUUGGGGUAAAGUCUGCCUUCCCUCUAUCUGUAAGGGCCCUCUUGGACUCUAGUGAGAACUGUGACCGUCUCUCAUCUUCCCCUGGGCUAUUUGGUGCCUUCAACAUAAGAGGGAAUGAACCUGGGUCUGACCGGUCACCAUCACCGAGUAAGAAUGAUUCAUUUUUCACCCCUGACUCCAACCACAAUAGCUUGUCUCAAUCUACCACUGGGCAUCUCAGUUUGCCACAGAAGCAGUACCCAGACUCUCCUCACCCAGUUCCACAUCGUUCCCUUUUCUCUCCGCAGAAUACCCUUGCCGCUCCCACGGGCCACCCACCCACAUCAGGCGUGGAGAAAGUCCUGGCCUCCACCAUUUCCACCACAUCGACGAUUGAGUUUAAGAAUAUGCUUAAAAACGCCUCACGAAAGCCCUCAGAUGAUAAGCAUUUUGGCCAGACUCCCAGCAAGGGCACUUCAAGUGAUGGUGUCAGUCUCUCAAACCUCGCCCAGCCCAGCUUGACCACCACUGAUCAGCAGCAGCAAGAAGAGCACUACCGCAUAGAAACCCGAGUCUCCUCUUCCUGCUUAGACUUGCCUGAUAGUACGGAAGAAAAAGGGGCCCCUAUAGAAACCUUGGGUUAUCAUAACGCAUCCAAUAGGAGGAUGUCAGGGGAGCCAAUACAGACCGUAGAGUCCAUCCGAGUUCCUGGGAAGGGAAAUAGAGGACAUGGGCGUGAGGCUUCAAGGGUGGGUUGGUUUGAUCUGAGCACCUCGGGCAGCUCUUUUGACAAUGGCCCCUCAAGUGCCUCUGAGUUGGCAUCCCUUGGGGGUGGGGGCAGCGGAGGCCUCACUGGCUUUAAAACAGCACCAUACAAGGAACGGGCACCCCAGUUUCAGGAAAGUGUCGGCAGCUUUCGUUCCAACAGUUUCAACUCAACAUUUGAGCAUCAUCUCCCCCCGUCCCCCUUGGAACAUGGGACACCCUUCCAGAGAGAGUCAGUGGGGCCAUCAUCUGCCCCACCUGCCCCUGCUAAGGAUCAUGGUGGUAUCUUCUCUCGAGAUGCACCCACUCAUCUACCCUCUGUGGAUCUUUCGAACCCCUUCACAAAGGAGGCAGCCCUGGCCCAUGCUGCCCCACCCCCUCCUCCUGGAGAGCACAGCGGAGUUCCUUUCCCCACUCCACCCCCUCCUCCACCCCCUGGGGAACAUAGCAGCAGUGGUGGGAGUGGUGUCCCCUUUUCUACUCCACCUCCUCCUCCACCCCCUGUUGACCACGCUGGGGUUGUACCCUUCCCAACCCCACCACUGGCAGAGCACGGAGUGGCAGGGGCCAUUGCAGUAUUUUCCAAGGACCGUAGUUCUCUCCUUCAAGGGACCCUGGCUGAGCAUUUUGGGGUGCUUGCAGGACCCAGGGACCAUGGGGGCCCUACUCAACGGGACCUCAACGGCCCUGGCCUUAGCCAUGUACGCGAGAGCCUGAGCCUACCCUCCCACUCUCUGGAGCACCUGGGCCCAGCUCAUGGAGGAGGAGGUGGGGGAGGCAGCAACAGCAGCAGUGGCCCCCCCUUGGGUCCCUCACACAGAGACGCCAUCAACCGGAGUGGUAUGAUUUUGCGGAAUCCCCGGCCAGACUUUCGGCCUAGGGAACCUUUUCUCAGCAGAGACCCGUUCCACAGUUUAAAGAGACCCAGGCCACCUUUUGCUAGGGGCCCUCCGUUCUUUGCACCAAAACGCCCAUUCUUCCCUCCCAGGUACUGAUGGAAACCAAGGGAAAGGCAUUCUGAACAGUCUAGAGAGCAUUGGAAGUAGGAGUUUGGUUUAUUAUUGUUGUUGUUUAUAUUUGUUUUCCCUCCUUUGACUUAUUUUCUUUUUAUUAUGACAAAGGGUCUCCCUUCCAAAUUAAAAAGUCAUAUAUGCUUACAUUUCACUAUUCCAUCCAGUCCUUCCUCCCACUGCAACUUACCUACCCUUCCCAAGUUGUUUGUAUUUUACAGGGGAGGGGGCAAAGAAACACAACCAAAGCCACUUCAUUUGGCUGGGGGUUUGAGGGGCGGGGAGGAAAACAAAUCUUAUUUCACCCCAUCUAUUGAAGAGUAUUAUUACAUUUGAAAUAAAACUUCCAUCAGUACAGAUAAUAACACGUGCAAUGUUGGGAUGUUAUUUUGGGCUUGGCUUAUCAAGUAGUCAAUGGAAAGAUUCCUGUCCCCUUCUCCAGCUAAGUAACUGCUGUAACCAGCUUGGCUCCUUUCCCUGUAUGCUCUCUGCCCUGCUAACAGCCAAGAGAUGUUGCAAGGGAGGAAAUGUGGGAGACCUUGGACCUGUCAAGUUUGUUUGUUUUUGUUUUGUUUUUAUUUUUAAAGGCAUGUCGAAGUUGAGUUCUUUACCUUUCUCCUGAAAUCUUAAUUUUAUUUUAUUUUUAAUCACCCUCUUCUAAAGUACCAUCAGGCAGUAACUUUGGGGAGAUAAAAAACCUCAUUGUAUCGUAGCAAAAAUUUUCCUCUUUAUCCUUGGAAUGAAAGAGAGUUGACUGGGUAUAAUUUCAAGGUUAAAAUAAGGAGUAAGUACAAAAUGGAGUUAGAGAAAGGAACCAUUAAUGGUGUGAUAUGACCUGCCCUUCCUUCAUAAACCAGAGAGAAUAAAUGGGAAACGUUUUCAAGGUAGUUUCACACGUCUUGCACCAAGCUCUUCCUGCUUUUCUUCUUGACUGACUUUUUCUCCCUCAGUUUUCACUUCUACUUUGACCAGAAAGAAAGUCACUACAGUUGACAGUUGCUACAAGGGGGCAACUGGAAUAUUAUCCCUAUAUUUUUCAUAGCAGUAGACAUUUUUACCGUGGUGCCUCCCUAAUGGGAGUGAGGUUUGGGGGCGGUCUUCAGCAAGGGUUAACUACCAGGGGAAGGCAAUUACUUGUCUUCAUCUUCCUUUUCCCCUUGCCUAGUCCCGUCUGCACCUCUGUUGUUGGUAUUUCAGAGGAGGAGAUUCAAUAGCAUUUUCUUUAUAUUAUACCUCUCUAGAUAUGUCUUAGUGACAAGUGGGUAUUACCAUACAUAUCUCUACAGAGAAACAGGAAGACCUGAUAAAUCCAAACUUACCCCACUCUACAGAUAGCCUGUCCCAUUUCAAGGCUCAAGCCUUAUUUUCACCUCCCACUCCCAAUAGGAAAUAAGGUUUCUACCCUUAGUCAUUUUACAUGAGAAAGAAGUGCUUUUCUUCUCCCUGAACUGAAAGACUUCUUGUUUGUAUUUCUACAACUAGUACUGGGAAAAAGACAAUCACUGCACUUUGCGUGUUUAUAUCUUUCUAUCUAGGGACACUGAAAAGCAAAUGUUACUUUACUACAUUUUUUAUUUAGUGUCUUGCCCUAAGGUACACACUGGUAAUCCCCAGCUAGAUGAGUAAAACGAUACGUGUUGAGUUGAGUGUUUUAGGGAAUCUUGGCAAGUUUCCUCUGUUCUUCCAAGUUAGUGUAGAACUAAAUCUAGGAAGUACGGGGAUUACUAUUGUAGAGCGGACAAUGUAGUGACGAAGAUGAUUGUCUCCGAAUAAACUUGCUUUGCAGAUACAAAACAGCUUAAACCAGUGUGUGUCAUAGUUUGGGAGUUUUUUGUAAUUUAUUCCAUGUUAUUUAUUUGGGCUCGCCAUGUGUUCUGUGGUUAGGAUGCUGCAAGUUAUUCAUCUUCCUAAUGCAUUCUGGUCUUAAGCCAACUGUUCUUUCUUUGACCCUCUCAAGCGUCUCUGUCCUGUAGUUCUCCCCACGAAAAUGCAUGAUACCAUGACCUUGUAUGUGGGAUGGGGGUAUAUAGUGUAGCAAAGCCAAGAAACAAUAUAGUUAUAUUGAGUCCUAAGACAUUUGUUUAGGGAAAAGUGUGAGAGAGUGAGGGUGGGGGGAGGGGGAGGGAGAGUUCUAUUUGACUUAAAACUGAAAUUGAUUUUUUUUUUUUGCAGAAAUUAAGUGGGAUGUUUUUCAUUCUAGAAUAAAAGAAUGUGAAUUCUUUCUGCUGCUCUUGUUUAAGCUAAGUAGUGUUUACUUGAAAAGGCUCUCUGACCAUUUGAUUUUAUGAGAAAAUGUAGGGAUGUCAGGAAAGUGGCUUCCUGAAUGUUGGGGUAGGGUAAUUGCCCUCAAAAGCAUGAUGGCUAAUACGCGAAGGAAAGACCUUGUUGUACAGUUUAUAAGAUGGACUUUUAAGGGUUGGUUUUUUUGUGGGGUGUUUUGUUUUUUAAGCCACAGAAUCCUCAAUGCGUUUGUUGCAGGCUGAAAAUGAGGAUUUGUAUGUGACUGUCAGCUGUUAACUUUAAGGAAAUCUGUCUACAGCAGUAAAUGAAGAUGACAAUGUAUAUAUGUGAUAUAGUGAAACAAAAAAACAAUUCUGAUAUUCAUAACAUUGAAACAAAGGGGUUUUAUUCUUUCUGUGUCUGUGAUUUAAAACUCCAUGCCCAUGCUCUGACUUUUGUAUUUCAACCUGAGUUUAAAAAAAUAAACAAGAUAUUUUUUAAAGAAAGCAUAA